AUGGAAGGCAAAAAACCAUUGGAUUUCUUUCGACUAUUUGUUACAGAAGAGCUUAUAAAUAGUAUGGUAGUUGAAACUAAUCGCUACGCCAUGCAAGAAAUCAAUAAGCAGCGUCCGCUUAGAAGAAGCUCGCGUUUUAAAAAUUGGAAACCAAUAAAUUCAGAAGAUAUGCGGCAGUUCCUUGGUGUUCUACUUCAUAUGGGAUGUGUUAAAUUGCCAUCCUUUGAACACUACUGGUCUAAGAAAAGUCUCUAUAGAUUUCCCUUAUUUUCUAGAAUAAUGCCAAGAAAUAAAUUCCAACUAAUGUUACGGUUCUGGCAUUUCAUUGACAAUGAAGAUUCGGAUGGUGGACGCUUGUGUAAAAUUAUUGGACUUAUUGAUCACUUAAAUAAUACAAUGGACAACAUCUACUGUCCGAACAAAAAUAUUUCAAUCGAUGAAUCAAUGAUGCUUUGGAAGGGACGUCUUGUAUUCAGGCAAUAUGUUAAAAAUUAA